CAGGUUUUUAUUAAUUAUGGCAAGCUCCAUGGAAAGCUCCGUGGACUCCAUGGUGGACUUUAUUCAAAGUCAGCACGGCCAGUUGCGGCAGCAACAGCGGCGCAUCUCCUCAGCGGAUCUGAAGGCGGCGCUGCAGUAUGGACGCCGAAGCGAGACAAUCACACCUUAUGGUCCAAACAAAGGUCUUUUGAGAUUGAAGUUUGAGUACCGAGGGAUGACUCACAUCACCGACAUUGACGGGCGUCAGAUCACAUGCUGGGCAAAAGGGUUGGCCUUGAAAAGAGUGGAGACUUCACAGAUCCACCGGGAAACUAUGACACACUGGAGAGAUCAUCGACAGUUCUUGAAGGAAAAUCCCCGUAGCAUUUCAAAUCACACAAUCUUCAUCAUUGACCAGAGUGGUUCUAUGAAGAUGAGUGAUGUACCAGGUGCCAGAAAUCGAUCGGUGGCUGUGUUCACCGAGAUUCUUCUCAACCUCAUGGAGACCAUUGUCAAGCCACAGGCCUGUGGUGGCCAUGAUGCGAUCACUAUCAUGGACAUGCGCGACUCCACAACCAUUCUCCUUGACAAGGAGCCUUAUGACCUGCUUACGUACAACAAGAUCAUUGAUCUACUUCAGAGUAUCGAACACAGCCAACCCAAAGGACAAGGCAACUUUAUACCUGCCUUCGAGAAAGCCCAUGCAGUCGUUUCGUCGUGCCUCACACACAACAGCUGCAAUGUUAAUGUUGUGUUUCUGACAGAUGGUCGACCAAGUGAUCAAAAGAGACGGUUGCAGUUUGGACUUGGGGACGGCCUGGCACAGUCCACUUGGGUUCUUGAACAAGUCAGAUCAUUGGUGAAAGCGAUUGCUCGGAAGCUUCAGGACAGGGGUUCCUUUACUUUCGUAGCCUUUGGCGCAGCCUCCUCUGGCAAACGCAGUUUGGAGUUCUUGCAGCACUUGGCGGAGGCAGCCAAGCUUGAGGGAUGUCCGUCCAAGGCGAUUGACAGUGAGACAUCAACGGCGGCCCUUGGAAGUGUUCUCACCACCAUAUCCACCUUGGCCACGGCCCACUGUACAUCCCUUACGCCGGGACAAUCUCUAUAUCCCAAGCGUUUGCUGGCGAUUGACGAUGGACUUCCUUUGGGCCAGCAGCUCGAGCGUUACAAACGUCCCAACUCGCGUGAUUUUGAUGUUCUAUCUAAGUCGAACGACGGACUGAGCCGGAUCGUCUACCUGAAACAAAGAGAUGAACAUGGCAAGCGAGUGAAAAAUCAAAAGCCGUUUCUAGAUCCACUGGCAGAUGGACUUGCCAUAUUGAAACGUCCUUUUGCACAGGGUGCUGAACGUUUUGCCUUCAUCGCCAGGGAAGUGAGACACUCUUCAAAUCAAUUGGCAUGCAGGUUUGUUGGAGAUUGGCUAGUCGCGAAGCAGUCCAACAGACUAGAGAAGGGGAAGCCAAUCACCGGCUUUCAUGUCAUGUAUACCAAGCUGCAGACGACAGCAGCGCGCUGGGCAAAGAAAUUCAACACACGGCUCCAAUUUCUGGAGCAGCAUUGUCCGGUUUGUUUGCCACAUGUGGAGAUGGUAGAUUGCUUCGUCUACAAGUGGGAGCCUCGCAGUCAACCUGAACCUCAUGGCACGCAGAGUCGGAAGGAGGUGAAUUGGAAGGAACUGGAAGAAUGUUUGGUUGAGCCAUUGCUGGACCCCAAGAUCAUGUUUGUGAAGUUCAACAACAACAAUGGCCAUGUCGGAGGUGCAAUCGUCGCCGACAAUGCGGAGGCAGACAUCAUGCGAUGGCUUGCCAGUGAUCAAUAUCCCGGCAAGACUGACGGCCUUGGAGCUAUUGUGGAGGAUGAAGAUGAAGAUGAUGAUGAAGAAGAUGUUCAGGAAGAUCCCAAGGUGCAGGAGGCUGGUAAGAUUUCGGAAAGAUACUCCUGGCCCAAGCCAACACAUAAAGAGAUUGGUGACCUGAAGAUGCUUGAGCAGCAGCCCGGAGAAGUUGCACAGGCAUUUUCACACUAUAGUUGUUACUUUUACACCAAAAGGCAACUCCUUCUAGUCGAUUUGCAGGGGAAAGUUCUGCCAACUGGGCAGAGGCAAGUAAUCAAGCUGACUGAUCCAGCGAUACAUACUUUUGACGAAGUGAGGCGUCGUCAGUAUGGUAUCACCGACAAAGGUCAGGAAGGAAUCAAACGGUUCUUCAAACAUCACCAGUGCAAUGCACUUUGCAAAGCUCUGGGUGUACCUUCCGCUCUCGAACAGAAGAGCUAUCAUACAGGACUAGAUAAUUUGAUGGCUUACAAAGGCUCGAGGGCAGCCAAAGGUUCGGGCAAGAGCCGAGUGUGACUUUGGGCUUGCAGAAGCGGAACUAUCAGGCUAUACAUCGCGCAGGAAAAGGGGAUGUUGUGGCGG